GGCAUAAAGAACACAACUCCAGAAACAAUUAUGAGCAAUCCUAAACUUAAGAAAAGAUCCUAUGAUGAGGUGAAGGAGGAAUUUUCCAUUGAAACUUCCGACACGAUCUUGAACAAUACUUAUAUCAAGAACAGUGAAGAACAAUCAAAAAAGAGAAGAACAGAUUACAAGAAGCUUUAUCGAAAAGCUCGAUCGAAAUUAAAGGCGGCAGCAGAUUACUAUGGAAGGUCGUGGUUAUCUUUCCAAGAAUUUCUCAAAUCUGACGAUGAAAAUAUGGUGGAAGACGAAUCUUUGAGUCAAGAUGAAUCUUCUGACGAGUUUGAAGGUGAAAAUUCAUCUUCAAACGGUGUUAUUAUGGAAGAAGAGAGUAUACAAUUCGAUAAAUACAUCGAAGGAGAAGCAUUAGCUGAUACACUUCUUCCUCCUGUUGUUGAAGAUUUGUUGAAUGAUGUUAAUUCUACUGUUGUGGACAUUAAUUCCACUGUGGAUAUUAAUUCUACUGUUGUUAAUGUUAAUUCAUCUGAUGUGGUGGAUAUUAAUUCUACUGUUGUUAAUGUUAAUUCUUCUGAUGUGGUGGAUGAUAAUUAUAUUCCGUUAGUGGAUGAUGAUUGGAAUUCGUUGGGAAUUUACGUGUCUUAUAAUAUGUUUCUUCAGGAUCCAUAUUAUAAUAAUUACUUAUAUUUUAACAAUGUUUUACAUGAUGAUGUUUUGUAUUAUGAUGAUAAUUUAUAG